AUGUCAGGCCGACAAAUCUCCUAUGGCCGCGGAGGCGCAGGCAACAUAACCCGCCAACAAAGCGCACCCUCGCCACGAGAUCUCUUCACUCCAACCAUCAAGCAAGAAGUCUUUACAACCGGGCGCGGCGGCUCAGGAAAUAUGAUGCACAACGAUCCCGACCGGCCCGAGAUUGCGCGCGAAAGCCAAGACGUCGAGUCGCCGCCGUUGCGAGCGCAGCAACUUCCCCACCACACUGGACGAGGCGGCGCUGCGAAUGCCUACAUCCCCACGCCCGAGGAAGAGGAGCACGAGAAGAAGAUCCAUGAGCAGGAAACUGAGCUCAUGCGUGUGCGCACCCAGUCCAAGGAUCGUGUUCGGGAGCUUGAGCAUGAGAGGCAGGAUCUGCGGAAGAAGUCGCAGUCGCCUUCUUCUGGAGCUGGAUCUGCUGUUUAA